AUGAAAACACCCUUGCAAACCCAUAAACAAUGUCCGCUAAAACCUGUUAAAGGCCUUUGUUGGACGGCGUCCCCUGUGCAUAUAGUGGACGACAACCUGGAGCUCUGUGACACACUGACAAGGGAGAAGGUUACUUGUCGCUCCAAGGGUAAGCUGGUCGGCCCCAUGAAUGCCACUGUCUGUGUUACUGGAAGAGGCGCGUCUGAAGUGACCAAGAUAGGAAUGUACGUGGACUCCCAGGACAGGCUGUACCCAGUUCCUCACAUAUGCUGCUUGACACAGACGAGUGCAGCAAUGGUCCUGCAGCAGCCCAGCAUAGUGCAGGCCAGACAGCCCACUGCCAUCACUGUUCACUUUGUUGACAAGGGCUCUGGCUUGGUGCUUAAUGGCCUGGCUUUCAAGGGCCAGACAUUUGUGGGCAAACUGCUGGCAAAGACUGCUGAGGGACACUUUGAGGUUAUCCAGAGGAUCAAAAGAUAUUGAUUGAGAUACUGGGGAGGGAUGUGAGUGCAUGCCCAAGGAGAAGGCCCAGAUCUUUAAGAGGAUCUAUUUACCCAAGAACAACUUGUCAACAAUUCCUGUAGAUGUCAUCAUCAGUGAGGUCAGUGUUAGAUACCAACUUGCUGCUCAGGUGUCUGUUGUACCUGCUGGCUGGCAUCUCCACUUUGUCUCUCCUGGUAACCAAUUCUGCUUGGUGGUGUUUCCUGAAAAUUUGGAUAUCCAGGAGAACUCUGUCACCAAGAACGUGCAAAUGAAUGUCAUUGGGUGGCUGACGGCAGCUCCUCAAGUGAACCCAGAGAUCACUGGGCUAAAGUAAAGCAUGAUGGGUGCCUUGGAGAAGCUAUACCUUGAGUUGAAGGCUGCAGUCACCAUCAGGAAAGAGCAAAGCUGCAACAAGUCAUCCAAGUACUUUGUCAAGAAGGUUUAUGUUUAUUUUGUCAAGAAGGUUUAUGUUGAAGGCAACCUCCUGCACUGCUCUCAGGAGAGCAAUGGGACUCAUGACCGCCUCCAAGACCCACAGAGGAUUGGAAGGCAUAAAUUCAAUCUUGGAUAACUAUUGACAUUUAAAACUGGUGACUCCACUUGUCAGAUUGUAGGUGGGAAAGUUUAAAGGGUUAAUUGAUGGGAACAUUGUUGAUCUUAAUUCUUUUUU